AUGGUGACAAAUUCUCAAAACCAGCCAGUCCGUAAACUGGAGGAAAAAUGUAGACGAACUGAAGGAAAAUCUCAAUGUCGCAGAGGGGUUCCAAAACCUCGAGUCGUACCAGUGGUAGUGACAUUGCCCUCAAAAUUAGCAGCUCCAUCUCCUGCUCCAACUCCAUCGCCGUCCGCUUCUUCAACCCACCCGAACUACCGUAGUCCCAACAGAAAACGCGCUCUAUCGCUGAUUUUCGAAAAAAUCACGGAAAAAGAGGGCGGAGCACCAGCAGUUGCGAAAUCGACACUUCGUCAGAAGAAGCACUCGGUUUCAACCGAAGCAAAAACGCCGUCUGAAAAUGAUGGGCGAUCUGGGUCGAAAAAUGAUAAAAAGAAGAAGAGCUCGACGUCAUCGGAUGCGGAUAAUAAGUCGGAGGGGUCCAAGGAGCCGUCGGAAAAUGAUGAAAAAACAAAGUCAAUCAAUAAGGAUUUGGCCAAAAAUUUCUUCAAACACAUGCUAGAAUCACAGAAGACUAAGAAGAGGUGUGAUGAUGCGGCGGGUUUCUGA